GCGAGUGGAGUUGGCACGUCGACUCAGGGAGCCCAAGAGGGUGAUACUCCUGGAUGAAGUCACAUCAGAGCUGGACAUGCUUGUUCGGAAGUCGCUUCUGGACUUCCUUGCCGAGACGGGAAGCACGGUCUUCAACGUCACGCAUGUCUUCGAAGGACUUGCCGGUUGGCCCUCCCACGUGUUACAGCUCUCGCAGGGCAAACUCCUGCGCUUCGAGCCCUUUUCGGCCGAGGGAGGCAGCAUCUUCAAGCAGAUGGUGGCGUGGCUUUCGGCCACGCGGGAGGACAGCCUCACUCCACUUCGGGCCCCGCCCUUUCCUCGACACAUCAGCUCUGGACCCACAGUAUCCGUGACCGGCCUCAUCUUCAGCUACGGCGCCGGCCAUGCGGUGCGCCUGGAGGACUUUGCCCUUUCCAGUUCGGACAGGUGCGUCCUGGUCGGCUUGAACGGCAGCGGCAAGUCCAGCUUGUUGGCUCUCCUGGCAGGGCGGCGCAUGGCCACCGAUGGAGGGGAGUCGGUGAAGAUUUUGGGCCUAAGGCCCUUCCAGGACCAUGCCAAAUUGGAUCGGGAUGUCUCCCUACUCAGCAGUGACUGGAAGCGGCAGGUGGGCCAGCUUGUGUCCUCUAGUGGCCUCGGUUUCCGUGAGUUGGCGGAGACGGAGGUGAAGGACCUGACGAGCCAAGGCUUCAACGCGGCUCUGCUGUCGGCGCGUUUGCUGCGUUUGAUGCAGAUGCUCAGCAUCGAUCCGGCGAAACCGAUCGGCGCCUUGUCCGACGGAGCCCUUCGCCGCGCUCAGCUGGGCCUGAAGCUGCUGAAACCAGUGUCCGUGCUGCUCAUCGACGAGGUGACCGCAGAUUUGGACCUUCUGGCUCGCCACGCCCUUCUGCAAUUCUUGAAGGAAGAGAGCGACGAAGGCAGUACCAUCAUCUACUGCACCCACAUCAUGGAUGGCUUGGAAGGCUGGGCCACACACUAUUUGCAUCUGCGGCCGGCAGGCUUGCCCGGUGUGGGCAUGACAGCAGAAGGCCUUGUGGGAUCCUCCAGCAUCGGCAGUGACGCAGAGCUUUCCCAGCAGGUUCUUCGACUCCUCCGCUCCGACCAGGACCUGGCGGCGCCAAUUCCUGCAGCCGAGCCUCCAAGCAAGCUGCUGCAGGAGGAGCCUCUGCCACCAGGGUGGCAGCACCGGCAAGCGACGCACUCAGGAGCCUUCGGCAACUACGCCUGGCAGGAGGAGAUGAGACCCGAGGAUGACUGGAGCUUUAAAUCCGUCGCCCCGGAGCCCUCGAACAAACCGGCAGCCCCCCAAUGGACAACUCCUGGUCCUGCAGAGUUGCCUUCCUUUCCCGCCGCGGCUUUGUCCACGGCCGCCCCGGAUUCUGGAUCCAGUUUUGGUGGCUACAGCGCCUCCACGCCGGUUCUCGAUCCCGGUGUGAAUCGCAGUGGCGCACCGUCAGGCGGCAGGGCCGAGGCUGACCAUCCUUUCAGUGCGGGCCGGACGAACCAGAUGACGACGGAGCAGCUGGUGAAGCUGGGAAUCAUCCCGCCGGAGAGGUAG